GCACCACUGGAUGUACAACGCCACCUCCUACCACCACAGCUACGAGGACACCGGCCUCCUGUGCAUCCACGCCAGUGCAGAUCCCAGACAGGUCCGCGAAAUGGUGGAAAUCAUUACCCGGGAAUUCGUUUUAAUGGCUGGAACCCUGGGAGAGGUUGAACUGGAGCGGGCCAAGACCCAGUUGCGGUCCAUGCUGAUGAUGAACCUGGAGUCUCGGCCGGUCAUUUUCGAGGACGUCGGGAGACAGGUCUUGGCCACGGGAGGGAGGAAGCUGCCGCAGGAGCUCUGUGUCCUGAUCG